AUGGCCUUCCACACAGUUUCUUCGUCAUUCUCUUCUUCAAUAAUUCAAUGGGAUGAAUUCUUGAGUUUUAGAGGCAAAGAUACUCGUAAAACUUUCACAGCUCAUCUAUACACAGAUUUACGUCGAAAAGGAAUCAACACCUUCAUGGAUGAUAAACUUCGAAGCGGAGAGGAAAUUUCGCCGGCACUUGUCAAAGCCAUUGAAGAGUCAAAGAUUUCGAUCAUUGUACUCUCUAAAAAUUACGCAUCAUCCCGAUGGUGCUUGGACGACCUGAUGAAGAUCCUCGAGUGCAGAAAGAUAAGGGAGAUACUAGUUCUACCACUGUUCUAUGACAUAAAUCCUUCAGAAGUACGGCGUGAACCCAAUAGGGUUGGAGAAGCAUUCACUGAACUUGCAAAAAGGUUCAACGAUGAUGAAAUGAAGGUGGAGGGGUGGAAGAGAGCCCUAAAAGAAGUGGCCAAUUUAUCCGAGAUGUAUUUGGGAAACAGGAUGGACAAGAUGAAGAACAUCCUCACGAUCAAGUUGCAAUUACUAUUGGAGUUUACAGUGAUGGUAAUGAAAUCUAUUGUCCUCGUGGAGAUUACCAUAAAACUUGCUAUGGAUAAUUGCGCUCUGAUCAAAGGCGAAGAUACUCGUAAAACUUUCACAGCUCAUCUAUACACAGAUUUUCGUCAAAAAGGAAUCAACACCUUCAUGGAUGACAAACUUCGAAGCGGAGAGGAAAUUUCACCAGCACUUGUCAAAGCCAUUGAAAAGUCAAAGAUUUCGAUCAUUGUCCUCUCUAAAAACUACGCAUCAUCCCGAUGGUGCUUGGACGAGCUGAUGAAGAUACUUGAGUACAGAAAGAUAAGGGAGAUACUAGUUCUACCACUGUUCUAUGACGUAAAUCCUUCAGAAGUACGGUGUCAAACCAAUAGGGUUGGAGAAGCAUUCACUGAACUUGCAAAAAGGUUCAACGAUGAUGAAAUGAAGGUGGAGGGGUGGAAGAGAGCCCUAAAAGAAGUGGCCAAUUUAUCCCAGAUGUAUUUGGGAAACAAGUAUUUCUAA